GAGCCGGGACGUCCUGUUGGCAGGUUCCCGGCAGGCCGCUGGAGCCAGAGGCCAAGCCGCCGCGAGAACCCCUCAUCUUCUGGCGCCCAGAGUGCGUGCUGGAGGGAUGGGCAGCAAGGAAGAUGCAGGCAAGGGGUGUCCGGCGGCCGGCGGCGUCUCCAGCUUCACCAUUCAGUCCAUCCUGGGCGGGGGCCCCUCGGAGGUGCCACGGGAGCCCGCCGGCUGGCCGGCCAGGAAGCGCAGCCUGUCCGUGUCCUCGGAGGAGGAGGAGCCGGACGACGGCUGGAAGGCACCUGCCUGCUUCUGCCCAGACCCGCGCGGCCCCAAGGAGCCGGGCCCCAAGCAUCACCCCCCCAUCCCCUUUCCUUGCCUGGGUACCCCCAAGGGCGGCGGCGGCGCGGGGCCGGCGAGCUCGGAGCGCACGCCUUUCCUCUCUGCUUCGCACCCGGACUUUAAGGAGGAGAAGGAGAGGCUCCUGCCCGCGGGCUCGCCGUCGCCAGGGCCCGAGCGGCCGCGGGACGGAGGCGCCGAGCGGCAGGCGGGCGCCGCCAAGAAGAAGACGCGCACGGUCUUCUCGCGCAGCCAGGUGUACCAGCUCGAGUCCACCUUCGACAUGAAGCGCUACCUGAGCAGCUCGGAGCGCGCCUGCCUCGCCUCCAGCCUGCAGCUCACCGAGACCCAGGUCAAGACUUGGUUCCAGAACCGCCGCAACAAGUGGAAGCGGCAGCUCUCGGCGGAGCUGGAGGCGGCCAACAUGGCACACGCGUCGGCGCAGACUCUCGUGGGGAUGCCGCUCGUGUUCCGGGACAGCUCGCUGCUGCGCGUGCCGGUGCCGCGCUCGCUCGCCUUCCCCGCGCCGCUCUACUACCCGGGCAGCAACCUCUCGGCCUUACCUCUCUACAACCUCUACAACAAGCUCGACUACUGAGCGGCCGCCGCCUCCCGCCGCCCCCUCCCGGCGCUCCGGGGCGCGGCGGGCUGUUGCCAGAAAUACUAAGAAAUACACCAUGUGUAUUCAUUAUCUCUUA